AUGCUCGCCCGCUUGGCGAGCCGUCGAAGCGCGGCGUCGUCGUCGUUCGCCGCGCCGUCGGCGUCGGCGUCGAGGCGCGCGCGCGCGUGGCGCGGGCUCGAGCGCGCGCGCUCGGGACGAACGAACGCGGCGGCGGACGACGCGGCGGUGGACGACGCCGACGGCGCGCGCGCGCGCGCUCUGGCGUCGACGGAGGCGGCGCGCGCGGGACGGAGGUAUCGACCGGGGGCGUUCGCGCGACUCCCGAGCGUCGCGAACGCGAGCGAGCUGCGGGCGAGCGCGAGGAAAAAGGCGAAUCGCGUGACGCCGACGAGGGGGUUGAAAGAGGCGGCGCGCGAACGGAAUCUGGGGAUGAAACGCAUCGAGGCGAUGACGUUCGGGUACUGCACGCCGCUGAAGACGUACGUGAAGGGGUUUCCGAGUCCGGAACGGUUUCACCCGUUUGAGCGCGCGUUGCUCGAGUUGACGCUGAGCGAUACAAAGUAUCGAACGACCGUCGAGGCGGUGGACGUCAUGCGUAAGGGGUUGUUGGGGAUCGGAAAAGGGUACAGCGCGCAGGUGAACAACGCGAAGGGGAUGAAGGAGGCGGAGGAGAUUCGAGAAAAGGGAAUGGAAGAGUUGGAGGCGUAUUAUUCGCGAAACGCGCGGUGCGUGGACGACUUGAAAUCGAUCGCGAAGAUACUGCGCCAGCUUCCAGUGGCAGAGCUCGAGACGCCCACCGUGGCGCUCGUAGGUGCUCCCAAUGUGGGCAAGAGCUCUCUCGUGCGCGCUUUGUCGAGCGGACAACCCGAGGUGCAGAACUACCCGUUCACGACAAAGGGCAUCAAGAUGGGGCACUUUUUCGUAGAGGACGAGCGGCACGUCGUCACCGAUACCCCUGGGUUGAUCAACAGAGCGGAAGAGGAUCGAAAUAAAAUCGAGAUGCUCGCGAUCGCGACUUUGGAACACUUGCCCACGUGCGUGGUCUUCGUGACGGAUCUCUCUGGUUUGUCCGGCACGUCCAUCGCGGACCAACUCGAGCUGCGGGAAACACUUUAUAAGCAGUUCGCCGAUCGUCGGCCGUGGAUAGACGUCUUCUCCAAAGCAGCUUUAGUGCCCGUUUUGGGAGGCGCGACUGAUCCCGAGGCUCAAGAGCUGUGGAGUGAGAAGGACUUUGAGGAGGCGAACCAAGCGAUUGCGAAAAUUCCAAACGCAAACGCUACGAGCGCCAAUGAGGACUGGGGAAUUCCUGAGCUCAAAGAGCGUCUUACGACUCUUUUACGGGAUCACAAGCAAACUUUGCCCGAUGUGGACGACGGAUUUAAUCGCGGAGACGCCAACGGUGGUGGUGUGAAGAACAAACCCGACUACAUCCCGAUGCUUUAA